ACAAUUGAUGUAACUUUAACAAAUUUAAAAUAAAUUCUUCAUUUCACUCUUGGGUAAUAAUUAUCAGACUAAUGAUCUUUUUACACAUUCCACUUCUAUUAUAUAAAUGCAAUGAACAAAAGAAAUAUUUCAAAAUUGAAUUUACACACAGAUCCAUCAAGACACCUAACACAACUCUCGCAAUCAUCCAGAAAGCCAUAAGUAAAAGGAAUCACAAAAGUUCAAAGAGGAACAAUUAAGAACACUAUUUUAAUUAAGAAUGCCUACAUCAAACUCGUACUAUGAACAUGAUUCGAACGUUUCUGCGAACACAAUCGGUUUUUACCAUCGAUAGUCCAUGCUGCUUCUGCAACUCGCCACGGUGGCUAGUUAGAGAAUCGCUUCCCGGCGGCCACAACCUAUAUCCAGCCUACCUCCACGUAGGCGUACGCGUAUUUAGCGCGUAAUUUAUAUAAGAAGAGAGGCACGCUUGGUUCCACCCCAAAGCACUUCGAUACACUGGCGCCAGCACUAACAGAAAGUCAGCAACAAUCCUCCAUAAAAAACUUCACCACCUCCCGACAAUCAAACAGACAAAACAAGAAAUAAAAUCAUGAAAAAAUAAAGUGCCAAAAAAUUUCAUAGAAAACCCUCUGUCAGACCUAUGGUCAUAACUGCCUAAUUAAUUGGUGGUUUAAUUAAAAAAAAGGUGUACGCCACUGCGAGCAGACAGCAAUUGUUGCGGAGAAGAGGCGUAUAACUUCCAGUGUUGCAUCGAACAUCCUUGCGUCCGGAUCGUGAAACCAUAUUCCUCUUCGUUCCACAUUUUUUUCACCCAUUAACCCUACCCAAAUCGUGUGCCCAUCCCUGAGGAGUCAUCCAUCAAGGUGUCCUUCAAGAAAUUUCCAUUUGACCCGGUUUUUUUCUCGAGGAAGUAGCACGGAUCGUGGAAAUCCGAGUUCGAAAGGAGGAUUUUGAAGUUGGAAAUAUGGUUCUUCUUUUUUUUCUUCUUCAUGGUGUUCGUCAUUGGACAAGGCUUGGGAACGUGUUUGUGCGUGAAACUAGCUUGUGAAACGAGUUGAAGGACGUGUGGGAUUGUGAGAAAGAGAAAGAUAGGACAGGUUGCAUUCACGGAUAGAAAAUUCCAAAGAUUUAUUAAUAGACAUUGAAUUUAGAAUUUCGGUAUGCGCGCAGUGGAAGUUGGUUGAAAAAGUAUGUCGAGCGGAAUUCGAUUAGAACGGUGGAUUUAAUUGAAGAUUUCAUUUACCAGGUAUCUCGGGUGAACGGAUAUUUAAAUCCAGAGUGUACGGAAGAUUUUCUAUGAACGUGUCAGCAGGUGAAACGCGUAAACGUAUUCCCGAAACGUCGCAUCGGAUGACCGUUAACGCAUUCUACGGGGAGCACCGAUUUUUCGAGACUGCUGACCCAAUGUUCCCGAUAGUAAUCGCCUUGGUGGCCUCCUAACUCCCUUAAAGCGAAUUUAAAAUUCACGACAGUAUUGUGCCCGAGGAUUGGUUCAGAUCUCUGUCCGGACGUGUUCAGAGUUUUCAAUUGAUUUUACUCUUUGUUCAAUAAUUACCUGUACGAAGAUUUAAAUCCUUGGAUCAUUAAUCACUUUCUAAAAAAGAGAAGAAAAAAAAUUAGGAAGUCUUUGAGACGUUCUAAAGAUAAACGGGAUAAUCCGAAGACGCGUUUGUUUCAAAAGGACAUAAAACAGCGAUGAUCUCAUAGGAUGAAAGCAGGAUCACUGACACUCUUUGCUGGCGAUUUUACGAGCUGGGUCAUGUUUGCACGAACUUUCUAUAAAUAGAAAGAACAGCGAUGACCAAUGACGCCUGGGGCAUUCGUUAACCUUGAACCCUGAACCACUUAGGAGGACUAUGAAUCAGGGUGACGUUAGUGAACUUAGGUGUCGGUUAGAAAAUUCUAGAUGAAAACUGCUGUUAGUAAUCUGGUUAGGCAAGAAAGUAAUAGCCGGUAGAACUCGGUACGAUCGGGAGUGAUAAGAAGGUCAAGUGUUAACCGGUGUUAAACUGGUGCAGGCUGAAAACGGCCGGCGAGUUUGCUAAAUUACACGCUUCGUGGUCUGUUUGUGAUAUAAUUGACGUUACCGUUACCGUAGUCCUUAAAAAUGUCAUACACACUCGUAAACGAAUAUUUCUUCUCUAAUAUCAAAGUUACGAUAAAUCAUUGUUACGCUUGUCGAACGAAACGAGUUCCCACGUAACACACGGUACUUCUUUCUUUCACCGAACGAUAAGAAUCAUCGAAGUGGCGAAUUGAAAGUACGGAACGCGUUCGCGGUCUCUCUUGCCGAGCGAGGAUCGAAGAAAGUCGAUAUAAUGUCGAUUAAAAUCGAACGUUGACCGAAGGUACGCAACAUGGAGCCGACGCUUGCGCGGAACAAGAAAGCCGAGCGCGGGUCUACGCGAUCGUCGACCUCGAGGAAUCGGUUUUCCUCGCGAAACACGCGCUCGGAAGCUUUCUACGCUGCCGCGGAACCGUUAUCCGUUCGACGCGCGUUGCAUAAUUCCGCUGGCCCAGACCCAGAUACGAAUUCCGCUCCGAAUUCCAGCGGAUCGACGGAACGCGUUAGGAGGUACCACUCUUCCGCUCGCCCGAGGUACCUGGACCCGGAGUAUCACCCGUUGAACUACAAACACCCUGUUCAGGAGAGCUUCCAUACGGUUCCGAGGGACGUAGCAGUGUCCCGGAAAGAAAUCCUGAAGAGAUACAACAGAGACAGGGAGGAGAAAGAGAAUCCAUCAGGGAGAAGAAGAAGAUCCAUAGAUGUGGACAGGGAUCAGCUGGAAAGACCAAAGACUCUACCCUCCAUAGGUAGGAGGGCUCAUAAGGACUCAAUCCGGGUGGCGCAAUCUCAUCAAGGUGUCAGAAAAGUGUCCAGGCAGGAUAUUAUCCAGAAACGUGCCAGCGUAGACGUUCCAAUCGCCGCCUCGCGUGGCAGGCAUCACGGAGAGGAGAAGCUAGAAAGUUCAGAGGCGAAAGGUGGCACCUCCACCAGUUUCUCGAAGAACGCGCCGCGGAACACCGGGUGGGGCAGAGAAGAUGAGAGAGAGUCCAGGUCGGCCUGUGAUUUCCUGGCAGUCACCAACAAGCUGCAGGACAUUAACCGCGGCCUUGUGCCGAGACCGUCGACCUUGCCCAAGAUUGUUCACGCAUCGAGGACGUCCAGGUUAACGGAGGAUUGGGCCAGCCCUAGGCUGGCCAAGGAGGUAGCGAGGAAGGAACCACCGGUCUACGGGAGGAUUCGAAGAAGAAAGACGUCACUGCCGACCAGCACCGGCACCGUCAGAGGUUCCUUGGUGUCUCUGAACGGUUCGAACAGAUACCCCAGACCUGGACACUCGCAGGUCAGAGAAAGAGCCGUGGAUGUGGAGUUCAAAACAACCACCAGACACCUUCGCGAUCCUGUACAGGAUACACCCUACUACCCAGCGACCUUGCCUUUGGUGGACAUGCGAACUAACCCUCAUAGAAAUGCGCUUUACGCCAAAGUGUCUCGAAAGACGUCGAAGAAUGCUCAGGGUUGUGAUAACAAGACUGAUUCGAAAGAUGGUAUUGACGGUAGGGUCGAUGUAGAAACUGGACAACGGACCAUUUCCAGGAAGAGGAUCAUAGAGAACAUGAAGGACACUUCGGUGGAUAGGAAGAACGCGAAGUCGGUUGAAGACUCUGUGGAAAUUCAGUCCGAAUUUCCGUCAGAAAGUCAGUCGUACCGGAGCAAGGAGUCUGAUGUCCAAGAGAAGAAGGAUUUGUCUAAAUGUGAAACUGAUGCCAGAGAUUCACGGUUGGAUAGGGAUAGAACGAAAUGUAAAGAGUUAGCGAAGCGUAGAUCGAAGUCUCAGAGCAGGUUGAUGGAAAACUUUCGCUCGGCCCAUCGAGAGACCGGCGCGGUCACCAGACUCGCGACCACUCUUCCCAGUUAUGUGAAAAGUUCGAGAAAGUGUUCGACAGAGAGCCCACCAGGGAUCGAGUGUCAUGGAAAAUUGAGUAAAGAGACUGCGAUCUCGACGAAGCAGAGUAAAGAAAGGUCGAAUUAUGUGAAAAAGUCUAAUAGUCAUGUUAGAGCUUUCAGCGAUGCUAAUAGUGGACGUUCUAGUUCACCAGUUACAACCUCCUCGAUUUUCGGAUUUUGUACUGGAAAAAGGAAAGUUCAGUCUUCUUCUAAUGGUGCAGCAAAAAUUGAAACUGUGUCGUGUCCAACAUGGAACGUGAAAACGGUUAGCAUCUGUGGUUUUGAUAAUACAGUAGACUAUCGUUAUAUUGAAGAAAGCUGUAGGGGUGGAAAAUUUAUCAAGCUUCCAAAUUUUUAGGUGGAAGGGAAAGGGGGAAUAAAAGUGUAUCACUUUGGUAGGCUUUGAUAGUAGAGAGUGGCACUAUAACGAAAGUCUGCUGUAGUCUGUGAUGCAAAAUUCUUGGA